UUAUCGCGAGUGUACUGUACCUAAUUGACUUUAUAUAGUGUAGCCACUAGACUAAUCUAAGUUCAGUUACAAUCAAACAUUAAAGCCCGCCGGUUUGAUUUUAUUGCGCAGUGCCGAGAUAAGAAAAAAAAUGCGUGCGGAACACGGCAAACUUUGGAGCACUUUACUCGAAGGAAAGUAUGAGCUACGCAGUUUGUCUGAGGCUGAUUUGGAGGAAGCUUUAGAUGUAAAUGAUGCUGCAUUCUUUGCCCAUGAAUCUGUUUGCAUAGGCUGUGAAAUCAAUUUACCAGAAAAUGAACAGGCGCGUAAGGAGUUACGACAACUUUGCGUGAUAACUGCGCAGGAUGGCGUGUCAUUAUUCAUUAGACAUGUGGAAAGUGGUCGCAUUGUUAGCGUUGCAUUUAAUAAGCUUCAGUUUGCCCCACCGAAUGGCGAAGAGCCUUUCUUUGUUAAGUUUCGCAAUGAACACGUUAAAAGCCCACAGGCCCAAGCCCUUAUGAAUUAUAUGAUAAAUAUGGAUACAAGGAUCGAUGUCUGUGCCAUGUACAACAUUGAUUGCGUUUUGGAACUAAUGUAUUUGGGCACCUUACCUGAGUUUGGUUGCCUCGGACUUGGUCGUGCUCUGACUGAAUACACAGUAAAGUUGGCCAAGGAGUUUGCGCAAGGUAAAAACUUGGAAGAUGUGCCGAAGGAGCUGCAUGAUAAACGUCCAGCAGCAGUUACUGCGCUUUGGACAUCCAUAUAUACACAAAAAAUUGGAAAAUCUUUAAAUUUUAAGGUGCUUAAUACAGUGCCGUUUACUGAAUUUAAAUUUGAUGGAAAGGGCUUUGACGAACGCAUUGGAGAACUUCACAAGUUCAGUGAGCUUGUUGUAUAUAAAUUGUAAAAAGAACAAAAUUAAAUAAAUGUUGGCAAAG